ACCUUAGGCUUGGACGUUGGAAAGAAGACUUAGUCUAUCCAUUCAUUAAUUAUUUGAAAUAAUAUCGACACUCUAGCCCUCUCUCAAUAUUCCAUUCUCCCCAAUAAAACCAUGCCGCAUACGAAAAUGGCCCGUCCGUUAAUAUGUUCUAUUUUUAUUAUGGUUAACGCCUACUGCACACUAGCGAGGUACCUAAGUACUAUCGGUGCGGGUUUAUACUUUUCCGUGCACGUUUUUUUGAGGAGUUUUAUUUUUUUUCUACAAGGGUUGCCUUCAUCGGGCGCGUUCCAGAAAUUAUCUUUAAUAAAGAACGAUUUUCGCGGUCGCUCAUGCUUAGGUAUCCUAAACCUUUCGUCUCGCAUCAGUUUGGCGAUUUAUAUCAGAGCAUAAAAGCUACGUACUAUACCUAAAACAACCUACCUAAACCCAGUCAUUCUCGGCGGAGACCCUCACCAAGGAUAUUGAUUUUUUUGCCGAUGGCUCGGGUUGCCCAAUCGUUAUCGUCGGAUCUGGGCAAAAGGUGUACUGGAAAGACGCAAUCA